UGAACUCCCACAUACAUAUUACACACCCUUGGGUUGAUUUCAUGUCCACCUGUGAGCCAUCUGGAACCUGUAAGACUGCUGCCAUUCAAAAGGUAUAUAACCUGCCCUCCAAACAUCUUCCCAGACCAGCUGAGAAGAUCUAGUGGAGAUGAAGUCUACUCUUGUCACCUUGCUGGCUGCUGUUCUGUGUGUGGAGCAAGCUUACUCAUUUAUGUGCUAUGUGUGCCAAGAACAGGAGUCCAACAAGGACUGUUUGACCAUUUCCAUGUGCUCAAAGGAAGACAAAUACUGUGUGACUAUUCGUAACAACAUUGGAACAGAGCCCAACAAGCCUAAAUAUGUCAUCUCCAAGAUGUGUUCUCCAACGUGUCCUGCAACAAGCCAGCAGCAAACCCCACACUAUCAGAAUGUUUCUUGCUGUGAGAAGCCACUAUGCAAUGUGAAUGGAGUCAGCAGCAAGCAAAGCAGCUAUGGAGUGAUGUCCCUAGGUGCCCUAGUCAGUAUCACUUACAUGUGGACUGUGAUGGGUUAGGAAAAACUCUCCAUGAUGGCUUUGUUGGCUGAAAUAAAAGCGUGUUGCUCUGGGAUAA